CUGAGAGAGGGAGGUAAACGAGUAUUAUUUGACGAGUUGACGACGAGAACGGAGUGAUUGACGCAACAAAUUCGUAUUCGUAACCAAUAGCAUUUCAAUCAAUAAAUUUCGAAAAAUGAAUAGUGAAUACGUAGAAAAUUGUGAUGUUUCGGCUAUAUUUUUUGAUUUAGACAAUACAUUAAUACAAACAAGAAAAGGAGACAGCCGAGCAUGCACGGAAUCAAUCAAAAAAUGCAUCCUUAUAAUAAACAUGGCAAAAAGCGACACAGAAAAAUUUGCCGCACUCUUCAUGGUAACAAAACUGGUGAAGGGCAAGGAUUGCAAUUCUCAAGCAAGGAAAGCUUUGUUCGAAGCUAUUGGUUUUAAGUUCCUGAAGAAGCUAUUAACAAGUAACAACGUCGUGGACGACUGCCCGCCGUCAGUGUACAAAUCGCUUGCGCUUUCUAUUCUCACCACCUUUUGUAAUGAACCAGAACUUGCAACUCAUCCGGAAAUGCUUGCAAAUAUACCAGUAUUCUUAGACAUUGUACAGACUUCAGAUAAUGAUGACUAUGAUGAUAAUCUCAUUAUAAUAAGCGAAGCUUACACAUGCCUACAAUGCAUCGCAGAAGAGGAGGCUGGACAAAAGGCAUUAAUAGAAGUUGGAGCUAUUACCAAAAUGUCAGAAAUUUAUUCACACCAAAGUUUCCAAACUGAUGAAGCUCUUAACAUUCUUGUAAAACUUGUUAGUCGGUAUGGCCCCGCUGCUUGGGGAAAUGAUGCAAAACCGUUCCAUGCACUGGUCAAUAAAAUAGCUCUUGAUUUUGCUACUGAUCAAUCAGAGAGGAAGUUUGAAUUGGCUACAAUACUUAGUGCACUUCUGUACAGCUGCAACAAGUUUAUAAUUGUACCUGGUGCAGCAGAUGAAACUUGGCCACAAAGUAUAUACAGAGCUCUAUAUGACAUACUCACCAGUAAAAUUGGUAAAAACCAAAGAGACCCUGCUCUCAAACUAGCUGCUAAUAUCAUUGAACUACUUGGAGUGGAGUGGACCUUUUUGGAUGAAGAGAAUCCUAAAAAAUUCUUCCUUUUACUUUUGCAGUUAUGUGCAAUUGAAGUUAGAAUGCAGCUUGAGGACAGGAGUUUCAAACAAGCAUAUGCAAAUGCAGAAUUAGUAACAUCUUGCUUUAUUGUACUUGAGAUAUCCAUCAACUACAUGGCCACAGAUCAGUUAGAUUUAGAGCAAAAGGAGAAGCAAUCAGUUUACACCAGCUUCAAAGGAGCGUUUAAUGCUAUUGUUUCAAUCCUCACUAAGGUAUCUAAUGACAAGAACCGUGAUAAACUUCCUGACAGUGAAAAAGUUUUUGUUUGUGCAAUGGUCAGAGUUUUAGUUGCAUGGAUUGCACAAGAAACUACAGCAAUGAGGGAGCAAAUCUACUCACUGAUGCCAUUUAUGUUUACACUGGCUAAUGAUUCUUUUCAUGCAUACAGAGCAAGGAAACUUGCAGAGAAAACUAAAACCGAAGGAGAGUCUAUAGAUUCAGACAUAAGCCUGAUGGGGCAAAUAGAUUUACUCCGUUUAAUGCUUCCUGCUCUUUGUCAUCUUGUGGUUGAGGAUAAGGCAAGAGACAUUGUAUUCAACUUGAAACAAGAAGAUAUACUCUAUGAAGCAAUGAAUUUCCAUUGGUCUAUUGUUCAUUACAAGAAGCCACCAAUUCCAAAAUCUGAGCGAGGCAAAGCACGAACUCAGCCAGAACCAGAGUUGGAUCCUAAGGUUUUAGAUGACAUGAGAGAUUCAAGAGCUGCUAUGGUCAGCCUCUGCAAUAUAUUUAUGAAUCUGACAGUUUUAGCACCAAAAGCUGUUGAAAACAGUAUGCUGUUUAACACCCUUCUAAAAUUUGUCUUCAACAAUUUGCCAGAAUUGAAAAACAUACCAGAAAACCUGGUGCUUCAUGGACACUUGGCAGUAUUAGGUCUUUUGCUAUUAAAACAACAGAGCAACAAGGUGAAGAAGAAUGACUUUUCAAUUUGCAGAUACAUUCAAUCAACUAUUAGGUUUUUGUGGGAUGCCUACAAUGUUGACGAGUCAAAUGACCCCAAUGCACUUGUAGUAUCAUUGCAAUACAAAGAACAUUGGAAUGAAAUUGCAGAUUUAUGGUUUUUGGGAAUGCAAACAAUGAGCGGAGUAAUUACUAUUGUGCCAUGGAUAUCUGAAUUUGCAAUAGAAAGUGGAUGGGCUGAAGGUAUCGCUGAGAUGCUUGCAAAGGUCAAAGUUGGAACAUUGCCACCAAAUGUUAAAUCAGCUUUUGAAGAUUUCCUUUGCAGAUUAGUGGAUUCUAAUGAGAGUGUGAAGCCCGUCCUAAAGAAAGGUGGAGCUCUUAAGAUGUUGGAGACAUUACACCAGCAGUAUGGGCUGCCUAAAGAUAUUGCGUCGGAGAGCGCUGCCACAUUCCUGAGGACCUUCAGAGCCCAGCCCGACGAUGAGGCAUACGCGUUGGAUGAGUGGCCAGCUCACUUGUGGCGCAAUUCGCUGCCGAAGAACUACAGGCAUAUCGCUAAAAAAGUAUCAGAGGAAUGGUUAAAAUUAAGAUUUCAAUAUUUAGCUUUGACGCCCGAAGUUAUACAUCUAUUAGAAACAUUAAGGGAGGAUUACCUACUCGGUCUGAUCACGAACGGGCCGUCGCGAGCCCAGUGGCAGAAGAUCGAUCGGCUAAAACUGAGGGACUACUUCGACUGCGUCCUGGUCUCCGGAGACCUGCCCUGGGAGAAGCCCGAUCAGAACAUCUUUCUAGAAGCUUGCAAGCUGCUCAACGUCGAGGCCCGCACUUGCAUCAUGGUUGGGGAUAAACUAGAAACAGAUAUUAAGGGUGGUAAAGAAGCCGAGUUAGGUGGCACCGUGUGGAUACCGCUGCAGCAGGAUGAAAUGGAGUCAGAUCUACCCGAUUUUACCAUAAACAAGGUCACCGAACUACCAGAAGUGUUGCCAGCUUCACCCAGAUUGAAGCGUUUCGUUCACGUCGCUAGCGAAUGUUGAUACCAAAGAUUUAGAAGGGUUUAUGGUCUUAGUUUUUUUUUUCAAUUAUUAUUCCUAAUUUAGAUGAGUUUUACAAUACGAGUAUACUCACACCGAGCGUAUUUUUAAUAAGGACUUU